UUGAGUAGUGGGAGGUUAAGUCAGAUCAUGGAUACUCAGAGAUGGGGGACAGGGGUGGGGGUUUCAGGCUGCAGCACUGUAUGGAGAGAGUGGCUGCACCAGACCCAGGCUGCCACAGUACAAGAAGUCAGGGUGCCCUGGCUCAGCUUGGCCCUGGCUUGCUGUGCCUCAGGCCUGUACUGACAUGGCAGACUCCGUCCAGCCCAGUCUGUGCUGGCUACCUGUGCUCCAGCCCACCCAGGCUUCUGUUCUGCUGCUCCAGGACAGGGACCUGGCUUCACCAGGAGAUCUUGAUUGCUGCAACUUCUGGACCUAACCCUGAGGGAUCACCAUGCAGAAGGCCAGCCACACGAUCAGGUGCAAAGCAACCUCUCUUCUCCAAAGGGCCUGACCUGGUGACUAAUGCCUUGAGUCUUGAAGCUCUCCUUCACUUUAUCACCAGGUGAUGUGCUUUUUCCCUUUUCCUGAUCCUGUGUGCUCCUUCCCCCUCCCCCAUUCCUCUCAAGUUGAGCUAUUUCUGACUUGUGGCUGGGUUUAGUAUCCAUGCCCCCAGGGACAUAUUCUGAACCUGGACAACUCACAGUGUGGCCCCAAGGACCAAUAACAUUACCAUCCCCUAGAAUCAGUUGAGAAAUGCAAAUUCCUGGCCUUUACAGACCUCCUGGGUCAGAAUACUAGAAUCAAGAUCUUGUAUUUUAACAGCCUUCAGGAGAUUCUGGUCCCCUUGAAAAUUUGCAAGUAGCUGAAGAUAAAUGUUGAAAGCAUAUUUCAUGGGGACAAGGCUUAAGUCUUGCCUAUAAAAAAUGUAUAAUUCAGACUUGUCAGGACACCAUUUGCUGCCAGAGUUGGAGGUUGCAAAGGUCUCUGAUUUCCAGAGACCAGACUCCACACGUAAACUGUGCCCAAGGAGCUGUGAUCAAUCUGGCCACAAGAGGGCACCAACGACCACCUCUCAGCCAUCCUUAGUCUGAGUUGCCUUCUCUGUCUUCAUCUCCCUCUUUCUCCACUCCCAUUACUCUAAUGAAAAUGGCCACUCCUCUGAAUUCCUCUGGAGGAUUGCAUUCACUUAAUCAGCCAGGAUUCCAGGCACAGCAGUGGUGGUUUAAUCCGGGGCUGAGAAACUGGGGUCAGGGAGAGGAGAAGCAGUUCAGGAGAGCUUCUGUCUGUAUUCCUCAACUCUGUGCACCCCAGGGGUUGACAGGAGGGCCACUGACCUUGUCUAUUCUAGAACAUGGGAAGGGGGAAAGGUGGAACACAGUGGAGCUCAGACAUUCUGGGGACACGUGAGGUGGCAAAAUCCAGACCUCCUGUGGCUCUAGGAUGAACCCACAUUAUCUCUGGGCAGCGGUACUUCUCUUUAUGUACAAUUUACUCAUCACACACAUCUCUUUUAUCUGUCCCUUCUUGCCUCAUUAUCCCUGUCCACUAACACCUUGUUUUCAGCUUCUGAUUCAGGGACAUCCUAAGAAGGCUUCUCUUUCCCACUGAGGCAUCAGGGAGCCAGUGUGGCUGGGAUCCUCUGUCCUCUUGUUUGUCCUCCUCAAUCCAUCUGACUAGGUCCUGUCACUCCCUCUGGACAGGAGGUAAGUUAGCUUUCACUGGAGGAAGUGAGACCACUUGUGGGAAGGUGUAAUGGCAAAGAGGAGGCCCAGAGGGAGGGCCAAACAGAUAAAUUAAAGGGCUGAACCUGGAAGAGUAAGGACUGAGAAGGGCAAAGGCAGGGGCUGCCCAGUGCCUGCACCAUGUUGUGUCCACCCGGGAGGAGGGUUCUUCCCUGGGCCAUGCUGCUGCUGCUUCUCUUAGGCUUCCAACCCCUGGAAACUCAGGCCUGGUGUUCAGAAAAAGAUAUGUACACUCUCCAACUGAAAACCGGGGAUCCUAACUUCUCUCCUACGUUGGAGUUCGCCUUACAAAAAUUCAACCAGCAGAAUAAGGACCAGUAUGCUUACAAGCUUGUACAGGUCCUGAGUUCUGAGACUAAGAAGAUGAGCAUCUCAACAAUUUAUUCCAUGACGCUAGAGCUGGGAAGAACAGUAUGUGGAAAAUCUGAGGGAGAUAUUAAUGACUGCCCACUUCAAGACAGCCCAGAGCAGAACCAUACCUCCACCUGCCUCUUCAUAAUCAACACCCAGAAGUUGGCAGUAAGUUUCAGCAUGCUAAAGAAGAAUUGCUCAGAGUGAUUCGCCUGAUUUGGAUCCACCCACAGGACUGGUCAUGGUCGGCUCUAUCUUCUGUGGACACCAGCCAUUCACAGAAGUUGGCAUUUCAGUAGCUGAACAGUUCUGAGUUUUAUGUCCUAACAUUUUACAAAAUCUUCUAAAAUCUUUAAGAAAAUCUCCUUCAUCAGGUCCAUCAUGAAGAAUAGAUCAUUAUAGAUGAUAAUAAAUAAAUCAAAAUAGAUGCAUUUCUAUCAGCUUUGUGAGUCAUGAUUAUGAGGGUGAUUAUGAGGAUCAAAAGAGUUAUACUCAAAAGGGUGGUCUGCUGUCUCUCUAGAAGUGUCCCUCCUCCUUCUAGACCUCCUGAAUGCAGCCACAAGUGGCACAACUAAGGUGCAUCUGAGCCGCCGUCUUAGAGUUCAUGGCAAUGACCCACACAUAUCCAGAGGUAAAAUGACUGUGACUUCUCAGGGCAUCUGAUGUGCGCCAUGGAGGCAGCCAAGCCCUAAGUCCCCUCUCGGCACCUGUGCCCUCUACUUUUAAAGGGCUGGUUUUCAUACCUUUCCCUGGUCCUCAGCAGGAUGGUAGAUAAAGGAAGGACUCUAGCUUUACUCUCUAAGGAUAGUCCCAGCACUGGGAGCAGCUACAGCAUAUCCUGGUAACCUCACAGAAAUGGACAACUUCAGGGUCACCCCAUCUUUGCAAAAGGAGCCUGUUUCACAGAUCCCCAAGGGAUGCAAGGAAAAUUAAUAUUUGAUAUGUUCUGAUGUGUCAGAGGCUACUAAGAUCAUGCCUAUAUCACUUGACUAGGGUUUGGUACACAUUCGGUGGGGAAAAAAAAUAGCAACUAUUUUGGUGUUUAUGGACCAUAUGGUCUCUUUCUCAAUGACCCAAUAUUAUUCUUGUAUGUUGAGAGAAGCCAUAAGCAAUGUGUAAACAAAUGAGAGUGACUGUGUUCCGAUGAGACUAUAUUGACACAAGUAGGCAGUUGCUGGUUUGCCCCUUGAGCCAUAGCUACCAAUCUCCAAAAACCCCUCUAUAUGCCCUGUCCUUGAUGUCUCUAAGCACUACCAUGCAGGCAGCUCCCAUUUCAGCACCUUCACCUCCCCAGGCUGGGUUCAGGGCCUGCUCAGUGCAAAUGGAGUUCCAUCAGCAGAUUGUUUUCACUUUGCAGGUGUGGAGGUCUGAGAGUCAACCGCCAUUACUAGGAGACAGACAGAUUUACAUUCCAGUCUUGGCAUCCCAACUCCAGGGGGCCCAAUUCAAAGAGGGAUUUCCACAUCAAUUCUCAGAGCUUCUCUAAGCAGGAUUAACCUUCAUGGACCAUAGUCUGAGCUUUAGAAAGUCAUUUACCAAGUUUUCAAAUAAGACUUGAGCUGCUUCCAUGAAUAUAUCUUCAGCUUUUCUCAGCUGCUACUUAUAAACUUUCAGAAGAACAAGAAUCCCCCAAAGGUUAUUAAAAUUCAAGUUCUAUCUUCCCCAACUCCCAGGCUACUGACCCAGCAAAUAUGGAAGGAACCAGGGAAUUUUCAUUUGUAACCAGCUCCCAAGGGAUACAGGUAUUUCUGGCCCUGUGGCACACUUAGAGAAUCCCAGGUUUGGAAGAUCUCCCUGGGACUUGAUAUGGACUAAACCACAAAUAAAAAGUUAACCUCAAUAUUAUUCAGCCAUAAAGAAGAAUAUAAUUAUGGCAUUUUCCAGUAAAUGGAUGGAAUUGGAGACUAU